UCUAAAGCGAGUUCAACUUUGUAAGCUAUCAACGUUAAUAUUUACCAACACACAAACUGUAAUUUAAUCAAUUAAGUCAUUACGUACUUUAUACCUUAUAUACAUUGUACUUCACUAUAACAUUUAUAGCUAACAUUGGAAAUACAUAAUUCUGUAGUGAAAUUAACAAAAUGUGUAUGCCUUCAACAGAACGCGUCGGUCAUAAGUGUUCUUCCGGUAGCGCCUAUAGAAAAGUCAUGAAAAAGUAUAAAACGAUGUGGAUUUUGAGUAUUGUAGCAAUUUUACUUAUUGUAUCCAUGGCAUUGCAAAAUUAUACCAUCAACCAAUAUGUUCGCGCCGUCUUGAAAUUAACUAUGAUGCAGUUAAUAGACCUGAACAAAUUCAAAAAUUUACUUCACGAUUCGUGUUUAGUGUAUAAAAAAAUCCCAGAACGCGAACUUACUGAAUCGGACUGUUAUUCAUGUGAAAGCAUCGAUCGAGUGGACGUUGUCUACAAACCCGAAGACGUUUUAGAAUCAUUCGCAGAUCUCAAUUGGCCGGUUUUGUUCCAAAGCAAUGUUAAAACUAACGUCACUAUUAAAGAUGUAGCGCUUGCUUUUUUAAUCGGAGAUUUCUUACCUUGUGAUUACGAAUCCAACUUAAAAAUCGAUCCUCUCCGAGCAAUCAAAAUGAAGUAUGGAUGGUUUAUGCAUUGGAGAAAUUGUGAUGAUAUCCAAGGAAAAAUGAUGCGAGCUCUAUACAGACCAGAUUCGUUUUUGAGCAUUUCAUCUGAAACGUGGAUAAUUAUGUCGUUCAAAUACAAAACUUUCCAUUAUAAACAAAUCAAUAUGUACUAUGACAGCAGAGUGGCGGUAUCACAGAUAAGUGGGGCGUUUAAUUAUCGGUUGGUGCCUAAAAAUCCUUGCACAGAAAUAUGUAAUCAUUUGGAUGGACGCUUAGAAACUUACCAUACUCUGAUUUUUAACAAUUUCAUUUGGGAUUUUCAGUAUCUGCCAUUGAAUAAUUCUACCAACAGCAUAGCUAUUAUUUAUAACUUAGAUUAAAAAUUAAAAUAGAUAUA